AUGCCCGCUGACAGGCUCCUCAACACGCUCCUGCAGCACUACCAAGACGUCCACGACGACGCCAAGUCGGAGCAGAUCCUCGGCACCACCGUCCACCUGCUCACCCACCUGUCCAACCCGCUCAACCUCGGCGUCCUCACCUCGCAAUUACUCACAGCGCCCGCCAUCUGGCAGCGGGCCGGCUUCGACCUGUCGCACGCGCUGCGCGUCGUCAGCAUCUACAACACGGCCGCCCUGCGCGUCCGCCAGGAUGCCGCCGAAGCCCUCGAGCGAAAAAACAGCCUAGGCAGCUCCCUGCCCCCGCCGCCGCCGGCCCAGCAGCGCGAGAGAGGCGGACUGAAGCCGGAUGAGUGGGCGCGCGCCGUGGUCAAGGGCGCCGACGACCGCUCGGCGCGCUGGCAGCACCUGCUCGUGCUGACGGGCGUGCUGGUCGGCUUCGAGGGCAACGACCGCCGCACGCUGUCGCGCGGCCUGCGCAACACCCUACAGCAAGCCGUCGUCACGGCGGCCAACCUCGCGCUGCGGUCGCACGCCGAAGACGGGCCGCUGGCCGAGGCGUCCAUCGUCAUGGCCCUCAAUUAUGCGUUCCCACUGCUGUCCGAGCAUCACCAGGCGCAGCUCGACUGCGAUGUGCUGCUGCCUGUCAUGCUCUGGGCCAUGCUGCGCCAGGGCUGCGGCGACGGUCUCUUCCUGCAGGACAUUGCGCGCGACGUGACGCAGGCCGUCGGCGGCACCAGCGGCGGCUGCAGCUGGCCGCAGCACGCUCCCUCAUUUGCCAUGCUCGUCGAGCUGGACCGGCGGCCCGUCAUGAGCAACAUGGGCCCGCUGGCCAAGAUGGCGGCCUUUGCGGCGACGCAUGCCCAGGACACCAGCAUUGUGCUGCAGGCCCAGGACGACCUGGUCCUGUUCUCGCACAAGCUGCUCGACGCGUGGGCCAAGAACCGCCUCAGCAGCGUCGAGUUUGGCCUGGCGGGCGCUCAGCUCACCCCGGAGACGCUGCAGGCAACGUGGCCGGUCCUCUGGCAGGUUCUGCGCAAAAUCAUGUUUGGCGUCGUGGCGACGCUGCAGGCCAUUGUCUCGCGGAGCCUGCUCGACGCGCGCAUGCUGCACGAGGCUGUCGCUCCGGCUGUCGCGGCCAAGUCGCUGCAAAUACUACGAAACCUUCACUUUAUAUCCUCUGUCAACGGCAACGGCAGUUUUCAAGUAUACACGUUUACAUAUCUCACGUCGCUGGACGUCAUUUGCAGGAGCGGCGCGGCCUGUGAAAGGUUUCUCGGCGAAUUUCGGCCAGCAGACGGGUUUUCAGCGCCAUCAACGCAUCUACAACGGACGCUAGAUCUUUACUAUCUCAACGUCGCAGAGCACAUGCCCCUGUCACUGACCACGGAAGCGGCUGAUGCGCUCAUUAUCAAGCCAGCUACUUCUUACCUCGGUUUUGACGGCGUCAUGUCCCCGACCAUGGUCGAAAUCUUUGAGUCUGCCCACAGCGCCGUGCUGUCAGUGCUCUCGUGUCCGCAACACAGCGCGCUGACGAUCCAGCUCGCGCCCUUUUACAUUGUCAAGCUCUUUGAAUCGUUUCCGCAGCGAAUCUCGCCGCGGCAGUUCCGCAUCGCCUUCAAGACGGUCAUGCAGAUGGUGUCGCCGCCGUUUGCGAUUGCGGCGCAGGAGCCCCUCCUCGGCGAGACGCUGCUCGAGAUGCUGCUCCACGCCAUUGCCGGCGCGCCCACCACGCCGCUGGAGCCCGACGAGGCGGCGCGGGCGGCCUCGGAAGAGAGCGGCGAGCCGCUGCAGUCGGCGCAGAGCGCACUGGUGCUGACGCUCAUCGACGCCCUGCCGUUCCUGCCGCUGCCGCUCGUGGAGGAGUGGAUGGCGAUGGCGGCGCAGACGCUCAACGGGAUCGCGGAUCCGAGGCUGCGGCGACCCGUCAGAGAUCGCUUCUGGGACAUUCUCGUCAACGGGGAAAUGGACGUGGAGCGGUCCGCCAUUGGCGUCGCGUGGUGGGGGACAAAAGGCGGACGGGAGCUGGUUCUCGGUCCGGGAGCCGGGCCCGCGGAGCCGCCGAUGAUGAGCGGUGCUCUGAUGACGGCGGAGAGCAAGCUUUGA